GAGGAGGGGGAGCCAGCGAGUGCGUGCAGUGUCCCAGGACCCUGUUUACUUAGCAUUCCCAGCCGAGGAAGCCCUGGUUUAAAUAGGAUCGGAGGAGCAGGCUGCCCACAGCAGAGGAGGAAAUGGUCGCUGUGAGGCUUUAAAUUCCUACCUUCCCAUGCGCUGGUGCGGAGGAUGAGCCUGCAGAAUGCCUUUCCUCCUGGGUCUCAGACAGGCACAAGAAAGAGAUCCCGAAUGGGGUGCCCUCUUCGUGGGCUGUCUGACAUGGACAAAAUGAUUGUAGAGAGAGCCUGAACUCCCUGCGACCGGCACUGUCUCUGCUCACUGCUGCACUGCACAGAACAACUGGUUCUCCUCUGGAUUUUGUCUUCCACCGGGUCCCAAAGAAGUGCACUGCAGCAUGGCAGAUGGACUGAUGAACAUGUGGACAAGGAAACCUGCAUGGGUGUCAACAAUCAAAGUUACAUAUGUGAAACGGGCCACUGUUGUGGACAAUCCCAGUGUUGCAACUACUACUAUGAACUCUGGUGGUUCUGGCUGGUAUGGACCAUCAUCAUCAUCCUCAGCUGCUGUUGUGUUUGCCAUCACCGACGCACCAAGCAUCGUCUUCAGGCCCAGCAGCGGCAACAUGAGAUCAACCUGAUCGCUUACCGGGAAGCCCACAACUAUUCAUCCCUCUCAUUUUAUUUACGGUUUCUGCCAAAUUCUUUACUACCUCCCUACGAGGAAGUGGUGAACCGACCACCAACCCCGCCGCCACCGUAUAGUGCCUUACAUCAGCAGUGCAUCCCAGCAGGCAGCAGUAGCACAAUCCCAGACACACCGAGAAACCUGCAACCAGCACAGAGCAGCUCAGCAGCAGCCAGCGGCAAUACCAGCAGUACUGACAGCAGCGGGGCACCCGGCCUCGGGGACCCCGAGCCCUCCACCACCACGCUGGUUGAGCGAGCAGUUGCCAAAACGCAAAGUGUCGAGCCCGGCGGUACCAGCACGGGAGCCGAGCCAGCGGAGAGGGCCGGUCCCGAUAAGGAUAUGGAAUGCAAGGAGGGACUGCUGAAAGGUUACAGCUCCGAGAGCUUAGAGCAGAGCAGUGCCAUUCCCGACGGGAAGGACAAGACUCCGGGGAGGCAACGCCGUUUCACUGGUGACUCGGGCAUCGAGGUCUGCGUUUGCAACCGGGGCCAUCACGAUGACGACCUCAAAGAGUUCGACGGACUCAUCGAUGAUGCUCUGGAUGGGCCCCUGGACUUCUGUGACAGCUGCAGCGGCCGUCCCCACGGGGACGAGGAGGAAGGGCUUUUUAAUGCCACGGAGGAGGAGCACCGUGAACACAGCCACCACCACCUGCCCCGGCAGCCGGUGUGUGUACUCUUGAACACAAUAAACGAGCAGGACUCUCCAAACUCUUGUACUAGUAACUCUCCCAGCUAAGGUGGCAAAGUGGAAAGGAGAAUUGGGGGAAAACACAAAGAAAUAAAAGUGGAGUAAGAGGAUUAAAACUUUAUCAGGAGGAAAAGGUGAUACAGCCUUCGUUUUCUUAGUUUGUUUUUCGUUCUCCCCCUCCAGUAUAAUUCGGGGACUAGUCCUUGAAGGCUCGGCUUGUGGGGGACAGGUCACCCCGGGUUUUGUUGAUUGUGUCAGUCCUGCUCUGCAGGACAGGGACUCAUGUUUCUCAAUGAGACCUUCUAACAAAGGGAAUUUUCCCAAUGGUGAUUUUGGUGAUGGUUAUUACAAGUUUGUUGGGUUUAGUUUUCUGAAACACUGCUUUGUCUCGCAAUCAGUAAAGCUCAGCAAAUCUCACACUGCGAGGAUUCAAAAUCACUGUAAAGCUUCAACCUCCAGGUGUCUUCCCGGGAGCAAGCAGCAGCUUCUGACAGUGUCAGCAGUCAGUAGCCCAAGAGUUGUGGUUUGAUGUAAUGCUCUUGAGGCAUUGGGGAUUUCUUUUCAUUGCAGGUAGGGGUUUUUUGUUUUGUUUUGUUUUGUUUUUCUUUUCCUUUUUGGUGUUAUGUUUUCCUGAAGCUGAUGAAUGCCUGAAACACAUCAGCCCUAUAAUCUCUGGUGCUUCAGUGUUUAAGACAGCAGGUAAGGUAUUUCCCACCUGAAGCUGGUGACUGAAGGACCAGUUUCUUCCAGAAGGAGUGUUAGUCUACUGUAACCAGUUUGAAAAGGAAGGUUCUGCAGAAAUUUGCCUUUAUCUGUCGUUUUUAAAGACAAGUCUAUUCCUUCAAUGCCUCUAAGAGCACAGUUAGAAGUAGAAUCCAGGCAGCUGGGCUGCCUUCCAAGUACUGUGGUCUCUGAAUGACCUUUUCCCAGUGUGCUGCAUAAAGGGCUUGCCUUUAUUUUAUUUUUCCCCCCCCUUUUUUUUUUUGCACCCUGAGAGCAACACACUUGAGUUAAGACAACAAAAAAGAACAGGGCUCUCUUUUGGCCAGCGUGCCUUCAAGCUUCAGCGAUGCAUGUUGAACAAAUGGAGACGAGAGCUCCGUCCAUUGUAAAGGGAUGACUUUUACUGUGUAGAUGUGGAAGACCUGUGCAGGUUUUUGGGGGUUGUGGUUUUUUGGUUUUAUUUUGGUUUGGGGGAUUUUUUCCGUUGGGUUAUUUCGGGGGUGGUUUUUGAUCCAUAAGUUUGACACGAUUCUAACGUUUGACCACUUAAAAGAAAUUAAUGUCUGGUGGGGCAGGGGUUGUUGGUUGAUGUUUUUUUUUCUUUCUUUGUUUCUUCUUUUUUUUUUUUUUUUCUUUUUUUACUGGCUACUGUAUAAUGUCUGUGAGCCUCUAUGUGUGUGUGUGUGUGUGUGUGUGUGUGACUGCAAUCCAUGCAUGCGAGUCCUGCUGGUAACAUGAAAGCCUGCUGUAAGACUGCAAGAAAAUUUACUGUAGCUUUGCUUUAAUAAAUAGUAGAGAUUUUUUUUUAUUAUUGUUAGUAACAACCUGAAGGGGGAAAAAAAAUUAAAAAGAAAAGAAAAAAAAAGAAGAAGAAGAAAUGAAAGAAAAAAGUAGAAGAAGAAGAAAAAAAAGAGCUGAAACUAACAUUCCCUAGAGUGCUCGUGUGGAGGAGUGCACAGUUCAGACUAUGUCUCUUGUUCUUGGGUUUUCUCCCCAUCUGUUUUGUAAUUGCAGUUGUUCAGAUUGUAACUGUUAUGAGAGGGGAGGGAAAAAACAAAACAAAACACAGUAAUUUAAAACUGAACUCAAGGCGUAACUCAGAUUUGAUUGAAAACCAAAAUCAGUUUUAAAUAAGGUGGAAACCAAAAUACAAUGCCUUUUCUGACAA